AGUCCACUGUCGUUCGAUACCGAAAACGAGCCCAAGUCUGAGGGGAGUGUGCAGGCAAUAGCGAAGGCACUCGCCACUGCAGAACUGCGAGAACUCAAUGAACGCGAACGGGCUAAUCACUUGCAGGCCAUGCAUGCCACUCUGAAGAGUGCGUGCGACCAACUGGAACAACGAAAUGCCGAACUGGAGCAAAAGGUCGCCGAACUGACGAAGACCUGUCUGGAACAGCAAAAAAUUGAGGCGUCUCUGCGUGAUGAACUGAGCGAGGCGGCGCCAAAAGAGAUCUAUGAGGCCUGCAAGGAACGCUUAGAGAGACUGGAGCAAGCUGAACUUAAAAUGCGGAUGGAGAACGAAGCCCUGAAGGAGGUGUCAACAAUAGCUGCUACCCAAGUAAAGGCUUUUAAUGACAUGAAAAUGGAUGCCGAGAAAGAACAAUCAAUCCUCAAAUUAGCAAUUGUGGAGCUAGAAUCUUCUUCGGACGAGAAAGCUGCUAUGGCACGUCUUCACAGACAAAUAACCCGGCUGCAGAUCUCCGAAGCCACUGCAGUGAGGCGGUUGGCAUCGGCCAAUGACAAAAUAACACGUCUGGACAACACAAUUCUUCGUCUAGAGAAGAAUUUUGACGAUCGGGAUAGUACUAUGAUUCACUUGCAAAAUCAAGCUCGAACUCGAGAACGUCGUCUGCGCUCAACGAUAGCGAAUUUGAGGUCCCGAUUUUCCGGCUGUAUUCCACUACCGGAGCAGGAACGCUUAGUCCGCCUUAUCACAAACUAUAUGAAAGAGUGUCAGCGUCUACGUGAAUGUCUUGAGGCUACGGAGGGGGAAUAUCUGCAGGCAAUUGGUGAAGCAGCCAGUGCAAAGCAGCGCUCUGAACUUUCAGCUGAGGUAGCUGAGCUGCUGAAGGGUGAACCCAACCAGUUCGAAUUCCAGGCAGGGCUCAGUGCAAAGCUGUCCGAAUGGCAGGACAAAUUGGCUGAAUUGAAAGCUGCUGAGGCCGUCCAACGGAGACAGGUAAUUCGCGUUCUGUAUUCCUUUUGA